AUGGCGGCGCCCAUCUCCUACCACAAACGGCUCAUGCGUGAGUAUAAAAAGCUUCAGGAGGCACCAUUGGACUUGAUCACUGCUCUCCCUACCCCUGCCAACAUUCGCGAAUGGCACUAUGUGAUCCACGGCCUGACCGAGGAGCCCUAUGCAGGUGGCUACUUCCAUGGCAAGGUCGUGUUUCCAGAGCAAUAUCCGAUGAAGCCUCCAGCCAUUUUCAUGAUCACACCCAAUGGCCGUUUUCAGGUCAACACGAGGAUCUGCUUGUCCAUGUCCGACUAUCAUCCGGAAACAUGGAAUCCAGCAUGGUCGGUCAGCACGAUUUUACAAGGUCUGCUAAGCUUCAUGCUUGAGGAAACUGCAACGGCUGGCAGCAUGUCCACCUCUCAUGCCGAGCGCCAGAAAUACGCCAAGGCCUCCCUCCUUCAUAAUUUAAGGGAUGCCCAGUUUGUAGAGCUUUUUCCAGAGCUGACGCAAGAAAUUAAGAGCAUCCUACGCCAACGACAUGCCAACCGCACGCGUGCAGAGCAAUCAGGCACAGGGUCUGGAUCGGGUAGAGGCACCGACGCGGCAUCCAAUCCUGGGUUGGGUUCAGUUCUGGCUUUUGUGGCUGCCUUGGUUGCCUUUGUGGCCGUAUUGCACAACGUUGUCAGCGACGCUGCAAGCCAGAAAGCAUCAUAG